AGCCAUUUGGGUCAGUCCAGCAGCCUUUUGAGACCAUGGCGCUUGUUUGGCCGGUUUUCCAACUCGUCAUUUUGCCCCUCAGAUCGGUCUCGGGGGGGGCCGAGGGGACCGUGCGGACACGGCGUAGCCGGUUCGCGACUGAUGUUUUUUUGGAGGAAGAGAACCGUCGCCUUCGCGCUCAUCGGCCUCUCAUCGGCCCUAGGAGCCUUCUGCGGAGGUCUGCGGCAGUCUGCGAGGGCGACGCCUUGACCUGCAAGUGGGAAGAAGAGUCGACGAAGUGCGUUGAGGCCAAAUGCCAAGAGUGCCAAGGGGAGCGCUGCCAGCUUUGCCGGGAGGACUCCAAGAUCAUCACAGAGUGUUGCAACGACCACUCAGAGAUGGCGACCAUCCCGUCCCUUUGCGAGAACGCCAUGUUCGCCGAGAACAUCCGUCAAUGCAUCACCACGGAGUGUACGGGAUGCGGCGAUGCCGCGCGGUGCGAGCUGUGCGAAAAGGAUGAGAGCAUCGUCUCCCGGUGUUGCAGUGGAGAUUUUCACAACGUGCAACUACCGGCCAUCUGUGGUGAGGGUCACAACCACGACCGCGGCUGCGAGAGCUCCCCCACGGAGGCGGAGCGGCUCACCUGCCGCUGGACCGCCGAGGUGAAUCACUGCAUGGAGGGCGAGUGUGGUGGCUGUGAAGUCGGUUCGGAGGCCUGCAAGCUUUGUCGAGAAGAUGCGGCGAAGAUCUCCGCCUGUUGCGACCAGCACCACCACAACGCCGCCACCCCUCGGAUAUGUGCUGAUGCGAUCUUGACUGUGGAUGUGAAGUCCUGUGUGGCAGAGACCUGCAAGGCCAAGGAGGAGACCACCGACCGCCAGGAGGACAGCAAUGUGAUCCGGCAGUGCUGUGUGGAUCACCAGCAUGGAAUGGAGCCACCACCCAUGUGCCAAGCAUUGAUGUCUGAAAUUCUUCCAUAAGUGAAGCACAAAUACCAGCGUGACGCGCUGUCACAUGCACAGUGAGUUCGCGGCACGAGCAAUUCGAGUGAACGGUCCGCGGAGCGGCCGUGGCCGAGAGACUUGGAGCUGACGUCAUCGAAAGAAGGGGACGGUCGG